AUGGAAGAUGAGAAAGACGAGGAUGAAGGUGGCUGCGAGGUUGAUGAGGAAGGCGAACGGAUGAGGAUCGGCUGGGAUGGCGCUGCAGUCGAAUUCUUCGUGGCCGGUCGACGUGCGCCGCUGGAGGCCCGCCGUCUCUUCGCCGACGGCCAUCGGCAGUCGCUCGCACGCUGCACUUUCCGUGGUCGGUCCCUGCCGGAGCGCCCCGAGGCUUCAUCUGCAAAGCGGAGCUGGUGGACGGAUGUGGAGGCACACCAUCCCGGCGGCUUGGCCCUCUGGCCCUCGGCCGAAGACUGGCCCCUACAAUAUCCGGAUGGACUAAAGGGAGCCAGUUCGGAUGCGAAUCGUGUGAAGAUGCAGCACUGA